GUCGCGAGCGCGGACGCACGCGCUAGUGAUGUACGGUUAAACAAAUUUGUUCUUCUUAUCGAUACAGGUACCCCACCGCAGGGGCGCGAGUCAACCAUGUAACGAUGAUAUUGACAUUCUCAUACUAUCUCGUUCACCCUUACCAGUGAUGUGAUCAUACUGUGCGUGUGUGUGAGUGCGUGCGACAGGGACGCAACUAUACUGUGAUGCGACAGAGACGCAAGUGAUGCAGGGGAGAGAGAGAGAGAGGGAGCGGCGCGGGGGGAACAUGUCGCUCCCUAUGAUGAGGAGCUUCAGCUCGGAGGGGGGGGCGGGGAAGCGGGAUUGGAGGUUGCGCUUGAGCCUCCGGAGUCGUAGCGGGCAUAGUGUGGAGGCGCUCCGCGGUCGCCGCUGCGCGUCCUUGCGCGGCGCGCCCCGUGACGACUCCGGUCGCUCGACGCCGGCGCUUGCGCACCGCUCGUCCCCCUCCCCCGCGGGCACGCCCGCCCCCAAGAAAUCCAACUGGGAAGUGAUCGAACACUUCUCGAAGACCAAGAAGAGUCCUACUGCGGUGGAAUCGGAAAACGGCGCCUCGCCGGCCCUGCCACUAUGUCCGGCGGGCCGGCCGGACGUCGACGCCACACCGCUACUCGGAGAUGACACCACCGUGAACCUAUACUCGCUCGGCUCGCACUCUGAUGAGCCGGAGGGGUGCGGGGCGGGGUGCGCGGGGGCACUUCCCCCGCCCGUCGCCGCGCUCUGUACGCCCCGCCGGUUCCAUAACCUACACGUGGAGAUGCUGUACCAACGCUACUUCCUCCGCAUGAACCAAACCAACAUGACGCACCUCCUGGGCCUGCUGCUGGCCGUGUCCAUGGCGCUGAUGCUGUGCCACAUCCGAGGGUUGCUGCUGGCGCAAGAACAGCUCGCUGAGGAGCUGGCUUUAGCUGACAGCAGUUACACUACGUUGAUAGCAGACUUGGACCUCCUCUACUACGACUCGAACCUCAGGACGACGACGGAGCCAUACGGCGCCAACACUACCAGUGCGUUACGCCGACUGCACUAUGAAUACCAGCGCAACGCGCACGCCGCCAACGUCGGCGUGCUCGGCGUAGCCGCUCUCGUCUACGCGUGCCUGCUGCUCUGCCUAAGCCGGCCCGCAAUAAACGAGAUCUACCUAUUGACCAUCUCGUAUGUCGUCCUUGCGACCUUCCUACUGAUUGAGCUGGCUGUCGUCGGCACCUCUUGCGUCAGGUCAAUGAGCAUCGGCGCCGGCGCCUGCGUGCUCUUCACCUACCUGACGUACGCGACGUUGCCAGUCCGCCUGCACGAGGCUAGCGUGGCUGGAGUCCUGCUGGCGGCCGUCAACCUAGCUGGUAACCUGUACCUGGCCCGCGACAGCGACUUGCAGAUGUACUGCAACCUGAUCGUGCUGACGGCGUGCAACGUUGCCGGUGUGAUGACCCACCAACCACGAGAGCUGGCGCAGCGACGCGCCUUCUUGGAGACCAGAGACUGCGUCGAGGCGCGCUUGGUGACCCAACGAGAGAACCAGCAGCAGGAACGACUCCUGCUGUCAGUUCUGCCGCGCCACGUGGCCAUGGAGAUGAAGGCAGACAUCGCCAGCCAGCCGCGCCAGGAGCAGUUCCACAAGAUCUACAUCCAGCGAUAUGAGAACGUCAGCAUUCUGUUCGCUGACAUCUGCGGCUUCACCACGCUUUCGGACCAGUGCACCGCCGAGGAGCUAGUGCGGCUGCUUAAUGAGCUCUUUGCCAGAUUCGACCGCCUGGCCGCCGAACAUCACUGCCUGCGCAUCAAGCUCCUUGGCGACUGCUAUUAUUGCGUGUCUGGCCUGCCGGAGGCGCGCGACGACCACGCCAAGUGCUGCGUGGAGAUGGGACUAGACAUGAUCGACGCUAUUGCGCUGGUACGUGAAGUGAUGGCGGUGAAUGUGAACAUGCGCGUGGGCAUCCACACGGGGCGCGUGCACUGCGUGGUGCUCGGGCUGCGCAAGUGGCAGUUCGACGUGUGGUCCAACGACGUCACGCUCGCCAACUACAUGGAGAGCGGUGGCGUCGCCGGCCGUGUCCACAUCACCAAUGAGACCCUCCAGUGCCUAGGCACCGACUAUAAGGUGGAGCCAGGCCACGGCGACCAGAGGAACGCGUACCUCAAGGACCACAACAUUGAGACCUACCUUAUUGUGCCGGAUGACACUAGCCGAGUGGACAAGAAACCCCAGAACACUUUCUCCCUGAACGGCAACGUGUCCAAGGAAAUGAGGGUGAUGGGCCACGGAUCACAACACGGCAAGAAUUCGGCCAAGGUCGAGCAAGGGAACGAGUUCAAGAAGCCCGAAGACGAGGUGAACGAAUACCUAAUGAAGGCGAUCGACGCGCGCUCUAUCGACCGACUGAGGGCCGAGCAUUGCCGACCAUUCACAUUGACUUUCCGCGACCAGAAGCUGGAGACGAAGUACACGGCAGAGCGGGACAGGAUGCUGAAAGUGUACUUCGUCUGCUCGCUGGUGGUGUAUGCCGCAGUUACAUUCGUCCAGCUGCUCGCCUUCGACAUUAAUGCCGGAGGAAUUGCAACGGUGUCUGUCUGCGGGAUUGUGGUGCUGUUCAUCAUCUACCUAGUCUUGGCUGCGAGCUUCGAGCACACCAACGCUCACCUGCGCUCCUUCUCACUGAGGAUCCACUCCAACCGGACCCUGGCGCAGGGCAUGUCCUUCGCGCUGCUGGGUACCUUACUGCUGCAAAUCCAGGUGUUGAUGCUGGAAACUAUCUACGCCUUCUCAUUGAGGAUCCACUCCAACCGGACCCUGGCGCAGGGCAUGUCCUUCGCACUGCUGGGUACCUUGGUGCUGCAAAUCCAGGUGUUGAUGCUGGAAACUAUCUACGCCUUCUCACUGAGGAUCCACUCCAACCGGGCCCUGGCGCAGGGCAUGUCCUUCGUACUGCUGGGUAUCUUGGUGCUGCAAAUCCAGGUGUUGAUGCUGAGGAUCCACUCCAACCGGACCCUGGCGCAGGGCAUGUCCUUCGCGCUGCUGGGUACCUUACUGCUGCAAAUCCAGGUGUUGAUGGCGCUGAACAACGGCGGAGCAUCACCCAAGGAACUAGAUGGCGUUGUCACCUUCUGCCCCUACUCCGUGAAUGAGCACUACCUCCAACUCACACUCCUGGCGAUGUUCCUCUGCGCAGCACACCAGGUCCUCAUCACAUCAGUGAAGACCCUUCUCCUACUCGUGGCCACUGGCGCGUAUGUCACCUUCACGCUCUUGGAUUUCUUUCACCCAGCUGAAGUUGUCUGGCAAUGCGCCGCGCUGGACCAGCAGUGGACGAGCGUGGUGGUCGCCAUCGGUGCCGCCGUCGCCCUGAUGCUGCACGCCCAGCAGACGGAGAGCACCUACAGACUGGACUUCAUCUGGAAACUGCAGGCCACUGAUGAGAAGGAGGACAUGGAACACCUGGAGGCGUACAAUCGCAAGCUGCUCGCGAACAUUCUGCCGGAGCACGUCGCGCAACACUUCCUCUGCAGCGACAAGAACAUCGAUGAGUUAUAUCACGAGCAGUGUGAAUCCGUCUGCGUCAUGUUCGCUUCCAUCCCCAACUUCUCCGAGUUCUAUGUCGAGCUGGAGGGCAACAACGAGGGUGUGGAGUGUCUCCGACUCCUCAACGAGAUCAUCGCCGACUUCGACGAGAUCCUUGCCGAGGACCAGUUCAAGUACAUCGAGAAGAUUAAGAGCACCGGGGCUACGUAUAUGGCGGCGUCAGGGCUGACAGCGUCCACCCGGGACCUCCGCGGCUACCGCCACGUCACAGCGAUGGCGGACUACGCUCUGCGCCUGCGCGAGCAGCUCCAGUACGUCAACGAGCACAGCUUCAACAGCUUCCGCAUCCGGAUUGGAAUCAACAUCGGGCCGGUGGUGGCCGGGGUCAUCGGAGCCCGGAAGCCCCAAUACGACAUCUGGGGGAACGCCGUCAACGUGGCGUCGCGUAUGGACUCCACUGGGCUGUUGGAUCACAUCCAGGUGACGGAGGAGGUGUACGAUAUCCUGGCCUCGCGGGGGUACAGGCUGCGCUGCAGGGGCACGGUCGAUGUCAAGGGCAAGGGGAACAUGGUCACCUACUUCCUUGAGGGCGUCGGUGACACCAUUCCGAACGGCAUCGCGGAUAUUUACAAUAACCCGACCCCGUCGACCUCUCACGAGAGCUCAGAUGGGCGACCAGCACCAGCUGACCACAGACCCCUGGAGACCCUCUCCGAAGACCACGGCGAGGACGUGUCACCACGCGCGUCCAUCCCAACUGACAGCCAGAACGACUCAGCAACUACACAGAGUCCGCGCCUAGCUGCGUCGCGUGAGUCGCUCGCCGGCGCGGUGCGCGCGCGCGUGCGCAAGAGACUGGAGCGGCCCGCGUCAUUGGCCGAGUGCCCAACGCUGCCCGUCUUGCUCUCCGUGCUGCAAGCCAGGUCACGUGAGUCGCUCGCCGGCGCGGUGCGCGCGCGCGUGCGGAAGAGACUGGAGCGGCCGGCGUCAUUGGCCGAGUGCCCCACGCUGCCCGUCCUGCUCUCCGUGCUGCAAGCCAGGGCGCACUCAACUGACUUCCGUGUACCAACAUCGCACAGCAGCGGUGACAUCGAAGCCCUGAUCCAGCCACGGCGCUCCGCCAGCCUCGCUGACUUCGUCCGCCGCAAGCCACGGGUCAACGUUAUAGAGAACCCAAUGGUCGCCAGCCCGCUUCCCAAUGACACCCCCAGCCCGGAUAGCCCGGCGACGGCUGAUAAUGUCAUCCUCACUGUCGCACAGACGCAUUAAAGAUACUUGGCCAGAGUUUUCGUCAACAUCAUCGAAAACCCCAUGGUCGU